GAACUGCUCCUGCAUGUGAGGAGUGACGAUCGAGAGUAAUGAGAGAGAUGGCCGCUAUGAAAGAGCGAGCACCAAAGCGUAGUCGACAAUGAGAGAAGCUCCCCAGUAGCACAGAAACUGCAUGACCUGGUCAUCAUGGAAGCGUUUUUUACUUUUGAUCCCGGGCCAUGGUGAUAUCGACCGCUGGCCCUUUGUCAAGAACAGCAUCGAACGCAUUCAAGACUCCUUCGCGUGGUCCCAGUACUUUUCGGCAAGAGAUCUCGACUGUGCGAUUUACACUUGGCGGCGAAGGGAAGAGUAUGACUUGGAAACCUUGAUAGGGAAGGCAACCUCCGGGAGAGGAGGCAGCCCAGAGGCAGCUGCAGAUCCCACCACAUUCAACAAGGCAAACAAUGGUACAGGCGUACACCAAUGCGCAGUGAUCCGGAAAGAAGGCGCGCACUACCAGAACGCAUUGUAUGACGCGUAUUUGAAGUACUUUGCUUUACGGGGAAAUGGAUUCACACGCAGUUCUAACUCGCUAUCUACAGGCUCAGGAGCCGCGAUCACGCCUUCUACUGCAACGUCCAAAUCAACAACAACAUAUGACUUUGUCCUUGUCCUUCUAGACGAUGUUGCUGUCCUCCGGUUCGAUCCAGACAUCAUCUUCCCAGUCAUGUGGGAAAACGAUCUCUCCGUUCUACAACCGCAUUCGUUGUGUUCUGCGAGUUCUAGACUACAGCCAGCUCAAUACUUGGAUCAGCUGUUGCACUACGCCACACCUGGUUGGACGAGUCGGACGUUUGAGAUGCAAAUGACGGUUUUUACAGGGUCGGGCUUUUCCUGUUUCAGCGAAGAGUUGUUAUGGGAUGCUGGGAAAGUGAAAGGAGGAUUUGAUAAGCUGUUCUUCUGGGCCUGUGGAGGUGCGAUGACGCAGGAAAUAAGGAGAGAAGUGGGUGGGAGAGAGGAUUUCUAUAGUGUGCAUCGGGGUGCACGUGCAGUGAAAGCCACUGUAACUACAACUGGAGGGGAAGAUACGAAAACGAAAAGCGAAACGAUACGACACGAAGAUAUCCUUGAAAUGGUGCGACAAGUUAGACGGCGACGGAGAGGCUGGAGUUUGAGUGAGCCUGACACUCUUUACCCUUCCAUGGAAGCCCGUAGACCGAGCACUACGUCAGUCGCAGGAGACCCCGAAAUCAUAGACAGUUACCAACUCCAGCUUGAGGAGACCUCUGCUAAUCAAGAUUCAGCCGAUGGUUUCUGGCAACAACAUCAUCGUUGGGCUUCGCCUGUGAAUAGUAUUCCUGUGCCACAGGAAUUGAAGAUUGGGCCACGAGGAGGAUCACCGGAUGCGGCCACUAUGAAUACCGACUACGAUCGUCAAGUUGUCUAUCCUGUAGGCCAUCUGUGGUUUCGUGCUAUAGUUUUACAUUUAGUUUGGGCAGUGCCACAAGGCACACUGUAUCUUGCACGUGAUCACGACGUUUUCUUGACGCGUGGGGAAAAGAGAAGGCAAACGAAAUUGGAUAAAAGUAUACGCUUAUUAAAUCACGAUGAGAAAGAGAAGGGAGAGGAGAAUCAAGAGAAACAGAAGAUGGAUCAGAAAGUUGCAGAGGAAGCGACCCAGGGACUAAGCGAAGAAGAGCUACGUGGAUUCUGGAGCUUCUCGUUGAUAAAGAUGCAACACAAGUAUAUCGCUCGGAAAUUUUUGCAGUGGCGUGUUGAAAUUUUGAAGCAGUGUGCAGGAAGUAGUUCAAGCCGCGCACCAGGUGUUGGUGACGAGAGAGGCGCUUCCAGAGGUAUGAACACGACCGAUCUGAUGCGACGAAGGACUUGGCUCUUAUCAGACAAAACGUGCCUAACCGAAAAAUACCGGUUUAUUCUGCAUCAGAUGCUGCAGGCGGGGAAGCCAUUAUUGGAAACGGCAGCUGCAGGUCUUUUCGCACCAGCAACAGUGGACGAAGUGGAGUGGGUCCGUGGUAUUGCUGAAACAAGGUCAGUUGAACAAGCGUCGCCUGAUGGAACAAUCCAUGAGGAAUUAUGGGCAGUGAGCCUUGCGUCAGGAGAGAGGAAACCCGCAGAUGGGGACCAGCACUCUUUCCUCUACUCCAAUCCCACGCUACUCCUCGACCUCGCUCUGCAAAGUUUAUCAGCAUACAAUUCGAGACCUAGCAAUCCUUCACGCUUGGCUUCUUCGAAUGAGUUCUUCGAGAUGCCUAAAUUGACGAUUCCCCUUGACGCUUUCCUGCAUUUCGCUAUAGUGGAAAAAGGUGGCGCACACCCUUGGCCUGAAUCUGGAGACUUCGCCAGGCGUGCUCAUAGGAUAGCAUCUGCCUCGGAGGUGUUGCACCCGACAUCGAGAAAGCUUUUUCAAGCUGCUGUUGCUUUUUCGACUGCACUAGUGGAGAAUUUCUCAGUGUCGACUGAGUUCUUGCCGAUGCCGUUGCGAGAAUUGACGAAGACAAGGUUUUUGCCUAGACGCAGUUACUACGAAGAACUCUCUUUGAACCUGUCUGGGGAACAGAAGAGGCAUUUGGUAGCGACAUUGACGGAUCAGAUGACUUCGUCCAAAAGCGGUACUGGAGCAGAGGAUUCGUCUCAGAUUCAUCGUCUUUCAGCUCCGCAACAGCCUGGACUGAAAUAUACUGGCAGGUUGCCACUGGAGGCGUCGGCUUUGGUCGUGCCAGAAGAACACAGUGCGUGGAAGCCUUCUUCACCUGAGAGCAAUACUACGGAUGCAAAUGACGCUGACGUCAAAGAGGAGAAGGCCACUGGCGCGAGUAGUUCGAUGUUGGAGCAGGUGCAGUCGGUACGUCAGCAGUUGCUGAGGGAGAACUACUACUUCGACCGCGCGCUGAAGUUCGACCCGUAUGCAGUGGCGCAAUACUUAUGAGGAGGCAUCGUAAUGUAUAAAUCAUCAAAAUGAAAUGAUUUCUUGAUAUGAGUAAUAAUGAAUCACGCCUGAAUCCCCUAAAAAAUCCCGAUCCCUCGCUCCUUUUCAUACCCCAACCUCGCGAAACACGCUGUUCUCAAUCGACCGAACACUUUCCGCAAGCCAAUGGCUGUAGGCGAGAGCUCAAGGCUGGUUCGCGGUGGUCGCACAGCCAACGGUAAGCCUUUCACACAGUUAGUCGAUUUGCAGUAUGACUUCCGCUUCCUGCAAGAGAAAGACUGGCUUGAUGCGCUCAACGACCACUCUCUGGUCAACAUUCACAUCUGUAGUGAAGCCAAUCUGAUUGCCGCUAACGACCCUAAUAAGCAUAUCGGCAUUAACGAACAAGGCUGGGACCGGGAGAGGAGUAGUGUGAAGUGAUCAUGGAAGAGAUCUACGAACAAGGCUGGAAUCGGGACGUAAGGCUAAGGGGAAAGAUCUCCAAAGGAGUCAAUUUUUUGCCUAGGAAUCUAUCAGAUGCCCUUACAAAAAAAAUAACUAUAGUAUAGAAAUCUAUUUUCAAAAAUCGCAAGACAAGAACCAGGAAGUUUCUAGGAAUCCUGUUCAUCAACUUUCGACUGUUUGCCAAGAAAGACACUUUGUUAGGAUAAAUGUCCAAGGACGAGCAGGAGUUGGAGUAUCUAUGACAAAGUUCAUAAUAGAGACCAAGACUCUCGACAUUGAUUCGAAAGUGCAUGCAAAAUGCAUGUUCAUCGUCUAACUAUGUAUCCUUCGUG